AUGUUCACCCUACGCACAGCCCGUACCUUCCCCUCCCUCCUCCGCGCCGCCCCCAUCCGCGCGCUCUCCACAUCCAUCCCGCGCUUCAGCGUCCAAGCCCCUGACGCCGUUCCCGGCGGCGCUACAGACGCCUCCAACCCUCCUGGCGUCCGUAGGCCCGUCGAGCCCUCGGACCCUGCGUUCAAGAAGCAGCAGGACGCCCAUGUCCGCGAGAAGGACUCGGGAUCGGCGGACAAGGUGGUGCAGAAUGAUACGCCCGAGUCGGUGGAGAGGGCGACUGGGUCCGGCGCGGAUGCGGGUGGGGGCGUGACGGGGGAUGCGGGGAUGCAGAAGGGGCAGGGGAAGGGGGAUGCGGAGGGGCUUAAGCAGGCCAAGGAGGUCGGGAAGGAGGCGGGGUCGGCGGGGAGCCGAUGUAAGAAGAUUGUCUGGCCCAAUACUGCGCGGCGACGCUGCUCUCGCUUGGACAUUAACUCUCUCCAAUCAUGGGAGCCUGACUGUUGGAUGUGGUCGCUGGUGGCCGGGAGCGAGCGACUCGUCCGCCCGGCCACCUCAUUUUACCUUCUCCUUAUAUCCCUGCUUGCCACCCACAUUCACAUCUUGGCUAUCACUAGGCGUCGUUACUGCUGCAGACAAGUACGAUACCACCCCCACGUCACGUCAGCCAUGGACACCGUCAUUUCACCCUCGGAGGUCGAAAGCCAGCCUGACUCCUACGAUCCCUCAUGGUGCCGGAACCGCACGAUGUCGAAGUCGCAGAUUCACAAUUGGCGCAACCUGACGGUGAACCAGGCCGGGGACACGGUCUUCUGUCCGUCGUGCAAAAGCUUCCUGAAUAUUGCGGGUUGGUUUGGUGGCAUCGAGUGCACACGGAAGGGUGGGAAACACAAAGUCAACCCGCGGAACCAUACGUUGGGUGAAGAGGGAAUCCAAUCACGCUGCACAAUUCGGCGAUGCAAGAGGCCGACGUCGAGGUUGUUCCUGAACGAGUACCAGUACCAGGCUCCAUACUCUGAGGAGGAUUUAAGCGGCGAUGAAGGCCCCGCCAGCGUGGACACCGCCGAAAAUGACUCCGACCACCCUGUUGAGCCAUGCGAACCCGGCACGCACAAGCUCUCUACGGGUCGCGGGACUGCACACGGUCGCAAAGACCACAACCCUGCUACCGGGUCCUUCAUUGUCACUCCGAGGGCAAUUCUGACGUGUUUGACUUGCGGGCUCGCCGAGGUUCCAAUCUACUCGUAUGAGACCAUGCGUUGCCCCAGCGAAGGGCCGAAGUACUCUGGCGAUGCUCGAUACCACGAGCAAGUCAUUUCCGACGAUCAGUCCAAGAAUCCGCCCGGUACCAGGGUCCAUGACAAGGAAGGGGUGCUGUCAAACUGCAAACAUUGCUUCCGGCACCACAGGACGGGAGCCGGUAAAGCCAUCAUGAAGGGCUCAAAUCGAUUCUCGGACGCUGUCGCUUCAAAAUCACUGAUCCGAGUUUGCCUCAAGCUUCUCGGCUACAUCGACCUCGGUGUCAUCUUGAUUCAGGAUCAGUUUGAUCACUUGUCGAGACGCGUCUGGUCCUUCGAUAAUAACGACUAG